UGUUUUUCUCUCUGGAUUCGGAAGCAUCAAAGGGUCAAUAUUCAUCCACCUACUACAUGGCAGACAUUGGUUUAGGGCUCGGGGACUCAGUGGCCCUGUGUAUAGAUUUUGGGGUCAGAAAGACCAGGGUACCAGCCCUCCUUCCCCCACUUCCCAGGUGCAUCGUGACCUGGGACAGUGUAGUUAAGCUCUCUGACCUUCAGUUUCCUCAUCUACAAAACGGUCCCCAUAAAACACCCUAUCACAGGGAAGCCAUGUGAAUGACAUGAGAAUAUGAACUUAAUUACUCCAUAUACCACUUGCCCACGGUAAAUGGUCAGUUAACAUGAGCUUUUAUUUUUUUAUCACACCCAACAUUGGGAUUCUGGAGUCAGACUGCCCGAGUUCAGAGCCUGCUCUGUCACUCUGUGCUCUGUCACAACCAUAGACAAACAUCUUUACCUCUCUGUGACUCAGUUGCCUCGUCUGUAAAAUGGGAAUGGCACCAGUGCCUGUGUUACAGGGUUGCUGUAGGAAUGAAGGCAGCUGACACAGAAUGUCAGAUCUUUGAAAACACCAUUGUAUUGCCAGCCCCAAGAACACUGCCUGGUGUGUUGUAGAUGCCAGAUAAAUUUUGGAAUGAUUGGACGGAUGCAUGAAUGUAUGGGUGUGUGUCUGGGCCAACCCUCACUCUUCCUGGCACUGUGUGCCUCUGUGUCUUUGCUGGGCGGCCUGACCUUUGGCUAUGAACUGGCAGUCAUAUCGGGUGCCCUACUGCCACUUCAGCUUGACUUUGGGCUAAGCUGCUCGGAACAGGAGCUCCUGGUGGGCAGUCUGCUCCUGGGGGCUCUCCUGGCCUCCCUGGUAGGGGGCUUCCUCAUCGACCGCUAUGGCAGGAAGCAAGCCAUCCUCGGGAGCAACUUGGUGCUGUUGGCAGGCAGCCUGAGCCUGAGCCUGGCCAGCUCCCUGGCCUGGCUGGUCCUGGGCCGCUCAGUGGCUGGCUUUGCCAUCUCCCUCUCCUCCAUGGCCUGCUGUAUCUACAUGUCAGAGCUGGUUGGGCCACGGCAGCGGGGAGUGCUGGUGUCCCUCUACGAGGCAGGCAUCACCGUGGGCAUCCUGCUCUCCUAUGCGCUCAACUACGCGCUGGCCGGUGCCCUCUGGGGCUGGAGGCAUAUGUUCGGCUGGGCCACUGCGCCUGCUCUCCUGCAGUCCCUCAGCCUCCUCCUCCUCCCCCCUGGUACAGUUGAUGCUGCAGCCCACAGGGACCUCAUCCCCCUCCAGGGAGGCGAGGCCACGAAGCUGGGCCUGGGGAGGCCAAGAUACUCCUUCCUGGACCUCUUCAGGACCAGGGAUAACAUGAGAGGCCGGACCAUGGUGGGGCUGGGGCUGGUGCUUUGCCAGCAGCUAACAGGGCAGCCCAACGUGCUGUGCUACGCCUCCACCAUCUUCCAUUCAGUCGGCUUCCGUGGGGCCUCCUCGGCUGUGCUGGCCUCCGUGGGGCUUGGCGCCGUGAAGGUGGCAGCCACCCUGACCGCCAUGGGGCUGGUGGACCGAGUGGGCCGCAGGGCCCUGUUAAUCGCUGGCUGUGCGCUCAUGGCCCUGUCGGUCAGCGGCAUAGGCCUUGUCAGCUUUGCUGUGCCCAUGGACUCAGGCCCGAGCUGCCUGGCCGUGCCCAAUGCCACUCGGCUGUCAGGCUUCCCCGGAGACUCUGGCCUGCCCAGUGGCUUGGCUCCGCCUCUGCGGCCAAUGACCGACCAGAGCCCAGGGUGGCCAGUCUUGUCAACCUCUGAGAAAACCAAGCCUCAUCCGGGAGCUGGGGACCCCACUGCCCUUCCUCUGCCAGCCUUAAGCAUCAUGCCCGCUGCACGCCCUUCUCCUGCCCCUGAGCAUGCCCUGCUGCACUGGACCGCACUGGUCUGCAUGAUGCUGUUUGUGAGCGCCUUCUCCUUUAGCUUUGGACCAGUGACCUGGCUUGUCCUCAGCGAGGUUUACCCCGUGGAGAUCCGAGGGCGAGCCUUUGCCUUCUGCAACAGCUUCAACUGGGCCGCCAACCUCUUCAUCAGCCUCUCCUUCCUCGACCUCAUUGGUGCCAUUGGCUUGUCCUGGACCUUCCUGCUCUACGGGCUGACUGCUGUCUUCGGCCUGGGCUUCAUCUAUUUAUUUGUCCCUGAAACAAAAGGCCAGUCGUUGACAGAGAUAGACCAGCAAUUCCAGAAGAGACGGUUCGCCCUGAGCUUUGGCCACAGGCAGAGCCCGGCUGGCAUCCAGUACAGCCGAAUUGAGGUCUCUGCGGCCUGCUGAGGAGUCCAUCUGGAAAAUGCUGGGACCAUGGCUUUAGCAGACAGCCUUCAGCUUCCUGCUUGCCUGGGUGCCAGAGCAUAAGUCCUAGCUGGUCCUUCAAGAGGCACCCCUGCUCCGGAAGAGGUCUGUUUUGCUGGGGCAAAAGGGAUGAAAAUCUGAGAACUCAGAAGUCUUCAGGCGGAGUCUCAGGCUCUGAGGGUUCCUGAGGCUCUGCCUUCCUGCCUCAGUUUCCCCACUGACUCUGCGCAUCUCUGCAGUAAUGAACUUAUGAUGAGAACAUCUUAUGGAGACUUCGUUGCUCUAUGGGCUUUCUCAAAGGAUCUCGAGGGUACCACCCUGGCAGGAAGUCUCUCCUGGAAUCACCCCUAAACCCAGCUGAGGAUACCAUAUUCUCUGCUCUCUUUUUCCAUCUGGUUGGGACUUUCUGGGGAGGCGGAAGCCGGCUUUUUGGCUCUCAGAUCUCGUUUUGUUCAACCCCUCUGAUUCUCUUACCUGGAAUAUUUGUCAUUCACCAGCAACUCAGAUGGUUGGUCGGAGCUCUAGUCCUGAGUUCAAGGCCUGAGGCUGCUGGUGUUCUUGCUGUCGGACUGGGGAUCUCAGCUUUCCCUGUAUGUGCAAUGGGAGCUCUGACCCAGGGGGUUCUUAAGAUCUCUUCUGAUGCCAAUGAGCUGGAAUUCUAAGUGCCGGCAAUACCACAGAUAUUCAGCAUGGGUCCUGCUCUCAAGUUGCUAGUCAUCUCUUUCAGGGACAUAGGUUUUAAUUAGGGGAAUGGUGAACAGAAUUCCAGAGUUGUGUGCACUAAAAUCCGAGGACCGUCCUAGUGCAGGUCACGAGCUCCAGGAGCUGUUUCCAGGAUGGCGCUGGCGGACUCUGCAGAAAGGAGGUGGGUCGGAAGCUAACAAACCUGGCUGUCGGUGUGGCCUCCACCUCUCGGCAGCUAGUGACCCUGGAUAAGUAACAACUCCCUGAAGCCUCAGUUUCCACAUCUACAGAAUGGGUAUGACUAUGCCCCCAGGGGUGUAUUUAACCUCUGUCUCCCAUCAGGAGGGUCUUCAUUUGGUCCCAUUCAGCUGGUCAGGAUGGACGGGAUUUCUGCUCACCCUCAAUACCCAGGUCCCCACCUUUGGGAUGUUGUCAAGGGCCGCCCCCUCCACCCCCGCCAAGGGGUGAGUCAGACGGAGACUGAGCAAGUAGCUCCUCUCCCACAGGACUCUGGCCUCCCCUGAGUCCUUGUCUCUCAUUUCUAGCUACUUCCCUUAGAUCCAGUGGUGUGUUGGAGCCGGCUUGUGCUGGCUUGUGAUAGCUGAUUGUUAAAUUUUCAGGAGUUUUGCAAGCUCGCUGUUAAACACAGCUGCUAAAAAAUUAAAUUAUUUAAAUGUAUACUUAAAUAAAUUAUAUUAAAACCGAGGUAAUACAUACUAAAAACUCAUCACUUCCUUAUUUUACUCCAUUUUGCUCUCAUCUGUGCUCUUAAGGUAAUUUACACCUAUUGCCUCGCAUGAGGAACGUGGGGUAAGGGCACUGCCCAUCCCUUGCCGGGUCUGCCUUCAGUGACCCACGGGGAGUGCAUUUGCACCGCAGGGACUGGGGAACACCACAGAUCAGGGCUUGAUUUGUCGUUUUGUUGAUUGUCCAGUCUUAAGAAUGUGAUGGAUACAAUGUUAAUGAUGUAAAUUAAACUUAACAGUGUGUUCUGCCUGUAGUUGAUACGUUUGUGAACGGCACAAAAAAUGGAGGGGAUUAUUAUCCAGUGCAGCCAACAGGUGACUCAUGUCACUGGUGAAGGAGUUUGGACACAAGUCUUUGUUGUUUUACUUUUGUCUUAUUCAUUAACAGGAACAAACAUUUCAACUAGCAUUCAUGUCAGAACUGCAUUCAUGCGUCAGUGACGUCAGCAACUUCUUUGCUGAGUCAUAUUGUUGUCAAGCAUUUCUUCGUGGUCUAAUUUUGUUAAAUCGUGGCUAAAUUGCAGUGACAGUUGGCUUUGGAAUCAAGAGGUUGGCAGAAAAAUCAACAAAAACAUUUCUGUGAGAAUUAAUUGGCUAGAUGGCAUUUACAAUAAAGAGUAUUUACAAUAAAGUAUUAUU